UUAGGAUGAAGGGUGGAGGUGCAGCCUGUCUGGGAAUGAGCACCAUGGAUAGAGAUGAAUGAGGGCAUUUCUCUCAGAAAACGCAGUUGCCUGACGGGGGUCUGUAUACCUCUCUGAGAUGAGAUAAGAGACGCCAAGAGGACAAAAUUACUAAACAUGUUUUGCACGAAGCUCAAAGAAUUGAAAAUAUCCGGAGAGUGUCCUUUCUCCAACAUCGCCACAAAUCACAAGGAGCCUGGAGACUUUGGGGAGCGCGCACACGACGCCGCCGAGAGCCCGUCAACCGCACGCGGGGAUGUGGAUGGAAAAGCCGCCAAGGAUUUACACGCGCAGAAAAUCAAUAGGUCGAAAGUUAACCUUCAUUCCCUUGGAGACAGCAUCCGAAAACUGGCAUGUCCCGAUUUUCAAAGACUGCAAACUGCCUUUCGCCGAUUGAUGACAGUAUCUACAGAUACGAGGGAAACGGAAAGUGCACCCAUGUGCUGUACAGACUUUUAUCAAGAUUGCACCGAUGGACCAGAGCAUUUACUGGACAUGAUGGAGACGUUCUCACGACAAAUAGCUAUCACAAUGGAUGCUGUGAAAAUCAGCCUUGGCGAGGAGCUCUUUAAAAUGUCUUUUGAGGAGGAUGGACAUAUUUUGAGGGUGGUGGGGGGAGCUCUUCAGGACUUCCUCAACAGCUUCAACGUCCUGUUGAAACAGAGCAGCGCGCUGCCAAACCCGAACAGAAGGGAUCCUGUAAGUGAACCUUCGGUGCUGUGCUUGGACAAGGAUCCGGGUCUGCUUACUGUCUAUUACUUCAACCCCCAGCCAACCACUGAGCUCUUCUUCCCUGGUGUCAUCAAAGCUGCCGCCUGCCUGCUUUAUCACACAACUGUGGAUGUGUUGGUGGACCCCCCUGGCGCCAAGGACAACAUUUUGCAGGCCAGCCCGCAGCCCAGUCUUCUCUACACAGUAGUUGUGAAGGAUACAAAGAAUCUAAGCCCCAGUCCCCUCCGGGCCACUUCAGCCGGGACCCUUCCUACCUCUCUCUUCUCCGCCACUUUCCCUUUCCAUUUGUUCCUGGACCAGGACUUGGUCUUGGUGCAAAUAGGACAUGGGCUUAGGAAGAGGUUGACCAAGAAGGAUGGAGUGAGGCGGCCCAUCACAUUCCAAGAACACUUCUCCAUUAUCUCUCCUCAGAUCAAAUGUACCUUCCAAGGUAUCUUGACCAUGCUAAAUACACAGUUUGUCAUUCGGAUCAAGCAUGGGGCCUCCACCACAGAUAACACAGGGAAGCUCAUGGACCUGAAAGGCCAGAUGAUCUAUGUUUCCGAGUCCAAUACUAUCUUGUUCUUGGGCUCCCCCUGUGUGGACAAGCUUGAGGAGCUAACAGGCCGCGGCCUCUACCUCUCAGACAUCCCAAUUCAUAAUGCAUUACGGGAUGUUGUCCUAGUAGGCGAGCAGGCCAAAGCCCAGGAUGGUUUGAAAAAGCGCCUGGGAAAGGCCAAGGCUGCCUCGGAGCAAGCGCAUCAAGCUCUGGAGGAGGAGAAGAAAAAGACAGUGGAUCUUCUUUUCACGAUCUUCCCUGGCACUGUGGCGCAGCAGCUAUGGCAGGGCCAAACAGUACAAGCCAAGAAGUUUGACCACGUUACAAUGCUGUUCUCCGACAUUGUGGGCUUUACAGCUAUCUGCUCACACUGCACGCCAAUGCAAGUGGUCACCAUGCUCAAUGAGCUAUACACCAGGUUUGACCAGCAGUGUGGGGAGCUUGAUGUUUAUAAGUUGGAGACAAUUGGUGAUGCUUAUUGUGUAGCUGGUGGCCUGCAUAAGGAGAGUGAGACUCAUGCUGUCCAAAUUGCUCAUAUGGCCCUAAAGAUGAUGGAGCUUUCAGACGAGGUCAUAACACCAACUGGAGAGCAAAUACAGAUGCGCAUUGGCCUCCAUACUGGUUCAGUACUUGCUGGUGUAGUUGGUGUUAUGAUGCCCCGCUACUGCCUUUUUGGCAACAACGUUACAUUGGCAAACAAGUUUGAAUCUUGUAGUCAACCAAGAAAAAUCAACAUCAGUCCAACAACACACAGAUUUCUGAAAGACUGUCCAGAGUUUGUCUUCAUUCCCAGGAGCAGACAAGAGCUUCCGGCCAACUUCCCUGCUGAUAUCCCUGGCAUUUGUUACUUUUUGGAGGCUUUCGAUAAUAGGUCCUGCAAAGUUUUAAGUGACUCAGAAACAAAGGGACCUUGCCACAGCACUACAAACUUUAUGCUUGAACAAGCAUGAAAUUAUCUAGUGAAUACAAAGCACACAUCACUGUAUAUUUUGGUUUGGAUUACCUCAAGAGAUACCGGUCUACCAAACAAAGUAUGACAGCUGCUUACUUUAAGAGAGAUGCCAAGUUAUUGUCAAAUAACCUGUCAGGCCCAUGUGCAAUUCAGCGAUGUGCACAGUUUGUGCAGAGGACUCACCAUUCAUAUUUACUGUCUCUCUAUCCAGAUUUUAACUUCCGUGAAAUGGAUGAAUUGUGGAAAACCGGUGUUCUUUAUAAACUCUCAUAUGUGACAGGCUCCAGACCAUGUCUAUGUGAGAAACACUUUGGGACAUCUUAGUUUGUUUGAUUAAUUAGGAAAUGUAGCUAAAUUACGUUUAUCAAGUGGUCAAAAUAAGCAAACUAUAAACAAACAAACUCAUGUACAAGGAUGGAAGUUUUGUCACUGUCUUUGAUCUGCUGCUCUGUGUAUUAUACAGCAAUGUGUAAUGGAUAUUGAACCAAAAACAGUAUGAUGUUGUUAAAAAUAUAUUGCUCUUUCUUUCUCUCUCUCUCUCUCUCUCUCUCUCUCUCUCUCUCUCUCUCUCUCUCUCUCUCUCUCUCUCUCUCUCUCUCUCUCUCUCUCUCUCUCUCUCUCUCUUUUUGUUGCACAAAAAGAUUUCAGACAUUUACAUUCACAUCUACUAAGGAAUUCUUUGA